AUGACGGUCGGCGAAUCGGACUUCGCGACUUUCUUCUGCAGCAAGCUUGACCUCAUCGCGGCGCAGUUCCAAUGGACGCAGCUCGCUGUUGACAACACCUACCUCCUCUUUUCCGCCUACCUCGUCUUCGUAAUGCAACUUGGUUUCGCAAUGCUGUGCGCGGGAACGGUGCGCGCGAAGAACACGAUGAACAUCAUGCUCACCAACGUUCUCGACGCCUGCGUCGGAGGCCUGUCUUUCUAUAUUUUCGGCUUCGCCUUCGCUUUUGGCCAAGGAGGAACCAGUAACGCUUUCAUCGGAGCAAAUUACUUCGCCAUGUCGGGCCUGCCGGUGUACACGUCGUUCGAUGCGCCGGGGAUUAACUACAUCUACGACUACAGCUUCUGGUUGUUCCAAUGGGCCUUCGCCAUCGCGUGCGCGGGCAUCACGUCCGGCUCCAUCGCGGAGCGCACGCAAUUCACGGCGUACCUCGUCUACUCGACCUUCCUCACCGGCUUCGUCUACCCCGUCGUCGCUCACUGGAUCUGGGCCACGAACGGGUGGUUGUCGGCGUUCAACACCAACAACCUCUUUCUCGACGUGGGCGCCGUCGACUUCGCGAGCAGCGGCGUGGUGCACAUGGUGGGCGGCGUCGCGGGGCUGUGGGGCGCGCUCAUCGAGGGUCCGCGCCUCGGCCGCUUCGACAAGGGCGGUCGGCCGCUCGAGAUGAAGGGCCACUCGGCCACGCUCGUCGUGCUCGGUUCCUUCCUCCUUUGGUUCGGAUGGUUCGGUUUCAACCCCGGAUCGUUUCUGCGCAUCACCAUCCCGUGGUCCGACGUGCUGGGUAACUGGUCGUGGGUGGGUCGCACCGCCGUCACCACCACCCUUUCCGGCUGCAUGGCAGCCGUCAACACGCUUAUCGCCAAGCGACUCAUGGCGGGCUGUGGCACCUGGACACUCAUCAUUCUGAACAUGAUCUCCAUGAAGAUCCAAUUUGACGACCCGCUCGAGGCGACUCAGCUUCACUUCGGCUGUGGCGCCUUCGGCCUCUUCUUUGUUGGUCUGCUGGCCAAGAAGGAGUUCCUGAUGCAGGCAUACGCCAAGCCCGACACCACCCCCUACGGCCUCUUCUACGGUGGAGGCGGAAAACUGCUUGCGUGCCAGUGCCUCGAGAUUAUCUGCAUCUUCGCGUGGGUGUCGGUGCUCAUGGGCGCGCUCUUUUUCAUUCUCCACUCGCUGAAUCUGCUGCGCGUGCCCCCCGAUGAGGAAAUUGCGGGAAUGGAUCUGACCAAGCACGGGGGUUCCGCGUUUAAUGCCGAGGGGCAGGACGGGCAGGGCUAG